UUUGCCCUCGGUCGUGUGGCGGAGGCCGUGAGCCCCUCGGUGCAUUGGCGCCAUGGAGACACAGCCCAACUCCGCUGAUGUUCUCCGUCUCAGAGUGGAGGAUUGCAUGCUGAAAAUCGCUGCUCCGCCUGCACGAGGUUUGCCUUCUGCAGCCCCGGGUGGCUCAAUGGGUGAAGGAGCUCUCGGCCUCCUGGGCCCCGACACGAGCCCCGAGGGCCACCUGGACCACGCUGCCAACUCUUGCCCGCCUCGAGAGGUGAUCAUGAGCCAGAGAGGCGAUGCUGACCGCCCCGCGGAUGAAGCUCACCAGGAGCCCCAGCAGCUGCCCCCGACCCAGCGGGAUUCCUCGGGUGCCAGGGGUCGGCGUCGGCGUAGGAGCCAGGGGACAAAUAUGCGCUUCCAUCCAAGGCAGUUGAAGGUACUGAAAAGUAUUUUCCAAGCAACUCAGUACCCGGCUGUGACCACCAGACGGCAGCUUGCAAGAGACCUGGAUGUGGCUGAAAGCAGACUGAAGAUGGCCAAAGGAACCCUUAUACGUGUCCAUCCUACAGAGAACUGUCAUCAGGGACAGCUAAUACACGGAUAUGCACCUGCAGGAUUCACUAACUGAAGGUUUGGUUCAAAAAUGAGAGAGCCAAAUGUAGGAAAAUUUAUAAAGAAGAGCUCCUGCACGUAUGACCUAGUUUCCUGCUCUACCUUGCGAUUGACUGAUUGCAAGAGACGUCCUAGGCCGCCAACCCUUUUCAAGACUCAGAUCCUGGUUGGAGUAUUAUUCCCACGGUCAUCUGUUCCACAGAUGGGAGCCCAUGUCACAUUUAUCU